GGCUUCCUCUAUGAUAAAUAAGCAUCAAAGAGAGCGUGUUACACACAUAUACAAGAAAGUGUAGUCUUUGAUUAUUGUUUGAACAUUAGAGAUAUUGGGUGUUUCUACGCCUUAAACAAAUUACACAAACAACAACAGUUAAGUCACGUUCAUAAGGAGAGAAAACUAGAUGAUCACUUCAUCAAUGCAUAAAUGAUCAACUUGUAGACCUUGGAAUACUCAGUGUCAACUAUCCUUCAGUUUAAUUCAUUAAUUACAAAUACUAUGGUUCACAGUAAUCAUCAUACUUUGGAGAGUAUACAAGUCACAGAAACAAACAUCAAUGGUGGUUCAACUACACAUUCACAGGAUAUUUCAUGUAAAACUAUCAGUCUCAGUUUAUCUGGAGAAGUUUUCAAUACAAAACAAGAUAAAAAUAAUACAUGUCAAAUCACUUCUAUGGUGAAUACAUCAAAGCAAACUGUUACAUCCAACCUAAUCAAUAAACCUAUAGAGGAACAGUGUAAUUUAGUUAAAGUUCGUGUCGGUUUUGAUGUUACACGUAAAGGUGAAAGAAGUCUAGUAAUUGAUGGAUAUAAAUUUACCAAAUCAAGAGAUGGUAUGGGUGAUCGUGUAUUUUGGCGAUGUUCACGACGUGAAUGUAAAGCUACAGCGGUUACUGUUUCAAAUAAAGUAGAGCAUGUACGCUCAAUUCAUUCACAUUCACCACCUGUUGCUGCAGAAUUCUUUUCUGAUACUUCUUCAAGAAGUGAACAAGAAGUUCGUUUCAACAAUCUAGUUUAUACUCAACGUUCUCGUAUACGUAGACGUAGUCAACCAAAUCCUUCUACUAAAGUUGUAAAACAUUUAGUAGAAAAACCUUAUUGUUUUGAACAGACAAAAGAGUCAACUUAUCCAGUCACCUCAUAUUCUAUUACAUUAGGGCGAGUUCCUGAUGAAACUUAUCCUUCAAAUUUAAUAAAUAUGGACUGUGUGAAUGAUAUUUAUGAUAAUUCAAGUGAAUAUGUAUCUCCUGGAAAGAAAAGACAUUGUUCUGAUCAAAUUCCAUCCAAACACAUAACUUUACAAACAAUGUCUGCUUUGUUGAAUAAGUGGGUUGAUUCAAAGCAAACAGUUAACACUGGAAAUGAUCAAAUUGAAACACAUCUCCACAGCGAUUCAAGGAGUAUCUUACACGUUAACAAGCAGACAAGUAGUGAUCUUCCAACUAGUAAAAAUGAUGGUGAUUAUGAUCAUGAUGAUGAUGAUGUAAACACAGUUACUGCUGUAAACAACAAUUAUCAGAAUUCAACUAACGAUGAAAAUUCAUUUACUCAACCGGAUAAUGAUCAUAAUUUAGACUGUACUAAUCUAGAACAAUUAGCUAUGUUAGCCACCUCUUUAACGAAUAUUUCUAAACAGAUUUCUGAGAAAGAGACAACUACAGUGAAUAAAAUACAUUCCAUGUCUGAGAAUAAUCAUGAAAGUGUGAAUUUUAUCGACAAAAAAUCAAUACAAACUUCUAGUACUGAUGAUCCAUCAAAGAUACAUCAACAUGAUCUGAACAGAUCAAUCAUCAAUUCAUCUACAUUAGAUGUCAUUUCAACUAGACAUGAUAAUCAUAAUCAAGUCAUUCUACUGAGUAGUGAUCAAUUAGAUGAACUGUUGAGAAUAGUAAGUAACAACACUCUGAAUCAUGAUAAUUCAAUCAACAAUGAUCCUAUUUUACCGAAAUCAAGUAUAAUUAAUCCCAGAUCAUUGAAUUCUUCAGAGAGUUCAAGAUUAUCAGAUACUCAUUAUGUGAAUAGUCUAACAAAACCCACUACUACUCAUUAUUGUUCAUAUUAUCCAAGGCAAAAGAAUAAAAUUAUCAAAAAAGGCGAUUAUUUUACUCCAUCUUUACAACAUACAUGUCAUUGUUCAACAAAUCAACUUCAAAAUACAAAUUUACAUUCGUCUAUAAUUGCUAAUUCAACAAAUUUUUUCAACAGGACACCAGAACUAUCGACAAUCAAUGUUGAUGAAACUUACGGUCCAGUUCAAAAUACAGCCUAUAUAAAUGGCAAUAAAUCUUCAUCUCCAAAUUCACUUAUUCAUUGGAAAAAAGAGAAAAUUCGUGAAUCUGUCGAGGAAGGUAACAUCAAUUCCCUAAAUGGUUCAUAUGAUUAUGAUAAUAUUACAUUACCACGUAACGAGGUAUCAGAUGAACUUCAAUCUAAUGUAGAAUUAGAAAAUUCUUGGCAUAAUCAACCUUCAGUAUUAAAACAAUCUUCAAAUACUUUCUAUGAUGUUCUCAAUAGAAAAUCUCCGUGUUACACACCUAUUUCACCUUAUAAUAAUACAUAUGAAUCAUUUAGUCAAACAAUACAAUCGAAAGAUAAUGAAACUAUACAUUCUAGGUGUACUUCAAUGUUGAAUUCAUCAAACAGUUUGCUUACAUCAAUUCAAAAUGAUGAUUAUCUAUUAUACAACCAAAUUCAAUAUGAUAUACUCAUUAAAAUAUUGAAUACAAUUAAGCAUUUAACAGUUAAACUAGAUGCAGACGCUAAUCCACUAGAAGUAAUCCAAAAUUGUCAUGCUAUUCAAGCGUGUUUAGAUACAAUCAAUGCGAUAAAAAGAUCAAAAUCAAUUCAUUUAAACAAUAGUUAUCGAGUAAAAAGACAAUCAACUAUGUGUGACACUGUCACUACUCUGCCUUUUCUAACAUCAUCUACUAAUAGUAAUAUCGAUGAAUGUGAUUGUAAACACCGUUUCGAUCUGGUAGCUGAUAAUUAUCCUAUUCAACAUGAGACAUAUUCACAUGUAUUACAAUCGACUAACAUUAUUCACUCCACAUAAAGUUAUAAUCAUUGAAUAACUCAUACUACUACUACUACUACUACUACUACUACUACUACUACUACUACUACUACUACUACUACUACUACUACUACUACCACUACUACUACUACUACUACUACUACUACUACUACUACUACUACUACUACUACUACUACUACUACUACUACUACUACUACUACUAUUACUACUACUACUACUACUACUACUACUACUACUACUACUACUACUACUACUACUGCUACUACUACUACUACUACUACUACUACUACUACUACUACUACUACUACUACUACUACUACUGCUACUACUACUACUACUACUACUACUACUACUACUACUACUACUACUACUACUACUGCUACUACUACUACUACUACUACUACUACUACUGCUCACACUACUGCUACUACAAAAAAGACUAGUUAGCUUUGUUUUUAUCACGACUUAUGUCAGUCUAUUUCAUCGUUAUACUUGUGUGUUUCUUCUUGAAAAGAAGCAUUUUUGUAUUGUAUAACUUUAAAGCUUUAUAAUAAUUAUUUUUUUAUAGGCAUCUUUUUUUUAUCAUAAUGAAUUUACUUUUAAUUAUUAAUGUAUACGUAUCUAUAUAUUCGUCCAUGUACACAAACAAUAUCAUAGUUUGUGAUUUCAUUCAUAUUACCGCCCGGUUUACCUUGUUCAAUGUGUUCAAUGCCUUCAAUAUGUAUGUAUCAAGAGAAUAAGACAUUUAUCACCAUGACAUGGUGUAUUAUACUUUUGAAUUAUAUGCAGUUGUAUUAUUCUUGUAGUUAAUAAAUUAAAACUUAUUUUCUUUAUUCUACUUAUUUAUUUCAUGAUAUUUUGUUAACGGAAACAAUGGGUCACAUUCUAUUUUUAUUUGUUGUUGUUGUUAUUGUUUUCUUUAUAAUAUUGCAAUUUGAUUAAUUUUCGUACAAUUGUAUUAGUUUGUUAUAAUUGAGUUUGCUUUUUUUCUGCUUAGAAAUAUAUGAAAAGAUGCCAGGUAAUCAUAG